AUGAAAAUCCUGAGUUGGAAUUGCCAUGGUAUCUUGAGCAAAGACACUAGAGAUUACUUGAUUCAUAUUAACAAUACUCACUCACCUGAUAUCAUUUAUCUAUCUGAAACUAAAAUUAAUGAUGAUAGAAUUCUAGGUAUCACUAAUUUUUUCCAGAUGCCUAAUAAGUGUUUUGAACCAUCAGUAGGACAGGCGGGUGGUAUCAUCUUGCUUUGGAAAGAUGGGUUAUCUCUGGAAAUCUUAUAUACUUCAACCAAUAUGAUACAUGCUCUAGUAAAAAAUGAUCCUAGUAAAGGUGACUGGUUUCUUUCCCGUGUUUAUGGAACUCCCUAUAAAAAUGAUCAACUAGCUCAGUGGAACUACAUACAAAGAUUAAGCUCUUCAGUAAAUAUCCCUUGGGUUCUUAUAGGUGAUUUGAAUAUUACUAUGAAUGCUGCUGAAAGAAAUACUAAUUCAGAACCUUCCUCCACUGAAGUUUUAAAGUGCAUUAGGAAUUCUGACCUUCAUGAUCUAGGAUAUAGUGGAAAUAUUUUCACAUGGACUAGUAAUAGUCAUGGAACAGGUAAAAUCAAAUCUAGACUAGAUAGAUCUCUAGUUAAUAGUGAAUGGAUGUUGUCUUAUCCUAAUGCCACCCUUUUUCACCUCCCCAUUAAAGGUUCAGAUCAUGCUCUCAUUUUGUUUUCCAUGUAUGAUAAAUCCAGCAGAUCAGGUAAGUGUUGGAAAUUCUUUGAGCACUGGUUGCAAAAUGAUACUUGUAAAAAUGAGAUCUUGUCAGCUUGGAAAACUAAUCUUUCAGGUUCUGCAGCUUAUCUUUUAUCUGAUAAACUCUCAAAUACAAGAGUUAUUCUUUCUAAGUGGAGUAAGGAUAUAUUUGGUAACAUACAUGCUAAGAUUACUUUACUUCAUGAAGAUCUGUUACAACUGCAAACUUCUGACUUUCAAGGCAGUAAUACUGAGCAAGUUAAAAACCUGGAAAUUGAGAUAGACAAGCUUAAUGAGAUUCAACCUAGUUCAAAUAUGCAGAAGUCAAGGGAUCAUUUUUAUAAUGAUAUGGACAGAAAUUCUAAGUACUUCCACAUUAGAGUCAAUCAUAGAAGAGCAAGAGACAAGAUAGACUCUUUAUUAGCUCCAGAUGGAUCGUGGCGUCAAUAUAGGGCUUCUAUAGAGAAUGUUUCAAUCACCCACUUCAAGAAAAUAAGCACUACUUCUCAUCCAGCUGAUUCUUAUCAUUUCCUACAACAUAUUCCUUCUUGCAUUUCUGAGCAAGAUAAUGAGAAGCUUAUCAAGAUUCCAGAUGAUGUUGAAAUAUAUGAAGCCCUUAAGUCUAUGCAACCAUGGACUAGUCCAAUGCCUGAUGGAUUCCCACCAGGCUUUUAUCAAACUCAAUGGGAGAUAGUGAAAGAUGAUGUUUGCAAGACAGUGAAGGCCUUCUUCAGUACAGGUUACCUGCUCAAAAAAGAUAAACAACAGUAG